AUGAGGUGCUCCUCGCCGGUGAGGAUUGGGGGAUCUGGCACCAGUAUUCUGAGGCGGGACCCGCUUCGCAACCGAGCUGCUCUGACAGGUGCUGGUGACCGUCGAUGGGUUCCACCUGUGCGAAAUCCAACCGUUGUUGGUAAUGUGGGGGUGGCGGGUUUUGAAAUGCUGUUUUCCAGGAUGGAUAAAAAGGAUCUGGCGGCGGCUUCAGACCACAAUCUCCUGAACAAGCCUAGGGUUCCUCCUGCUUCCCGGACCCUUGUCUGGGUCAGGAAGGAUCUAGUUCAGACAAAAUCGUUCACACCUUCUGAUUGCUACCCUGCUGGAUCUGGUUUUCUUCCCAAACCAACAGUGAUCAAGUUCGCUGAUCUGUGGGGGGCGGUUGAAGGAAGGAGAUCUUUCGUUGAGAUUGUCAAGAUGGCCGGUGGUGGUAGAGGAAUGGGGAGAGCGGGAGGUGCCGUUGGUGGACGUGGUGCUGGCGGUCGUGUCCCUCCAACGACAGCGACAACAUCGAGUGCGACGGCGAUCCCUCUCAGCAACAUCCCUGAUUUGGUUCCAAUCAAGACUGAGUUUCAACAACCUAUGAUACAGCAGAUGGGGGGAAAUGGUCAAGGUAUGUAUCCGAUGAUGAAUCCCAAUAUAUGGAACAUGCAGAUGGCGCAAUGGCCGCAGUUCUUUGGUAACCAGCAACUUCCCCCGCCUGGUUUCAAUCCUAUGUUGAUGAUGCCGCAAGGAGUUGCUUCUACUCUGCCACAAUCAAACAGCCAGGGGAGUAGUGCUAGCCAAUUGCCUUUACAGCAGCAAAAUUCUGGUAGCAACAAAAACAAGAAGAAGAGUCUGAAAGGUACUGCCUCUGAUGGUUCUAAGAAUAGUGGUGAUAGAAGUGGCAGCAACUUGCAAAUGAAUCUUGUCUCUGGGCCUGGACCUGCUUUGGAUCCUAAAUUCAAGAAUGUGACCUGCUACAACUGUGGUGAGCUGGGUCACUAUGUUGGACUAUGUACCAGGAUCAAGAGGUGCUUUAUCUGUAGCAAAACUGGGCACCAUAUGGACAAUUGUCUGAUGUGGUACUCUCUGCUUCCCACUGCUCAGUAUUGGGGGAGUGCCAAUCCUGGAUUGGGUUUCUUCCAUGUGGAGGUGGAGGGACCUGAAGCUGUUCAAUGGCUAAACAUGGAUAAUGUUGGUGUGGUGGUUGUAAAACAUGGGGAGAUAUCUGCUGAGGAAUUAGAGAAAUGCUUCAAUGAUAUGUGGAAGGUCAACUGGUAUUGGCAGAUUCGACAGCUUGGGCCUAAAAGAUUCCUGGUGAGAUUUCCUCCAAGCAAAAAGGUCAAGGAGCUGGUGGAAUAUCCCUCCAUCAACCUCAAAAAAGAUGGUGUGGUGAUAUACUUUGUUAACUGGGAAGGUGAAGCAGAACCUUUUGAGGAAUUUCAGGAGGUGUGGGUUAGGAUUACUGGCAUUCCUGCUAAGUGGCUCACUUGGAAGACUAUUUGCCAGGUGUCCACUGCUCUUGGAGUUCUUGUUAAUAUUGACUGGCAUGGCAUCUUCAGAAGCUUCUACAAAGAGGUUAGAGUCAAAGUCUCUGUGAGGGACAAGUCCAAGAUCCCUGCCAAUAAGCUCUUUGAGAUGGAACAAUGCUUUUUCCUGAUUAACUUCCUAGUGGAGAAUGAGGGUGAGCCUAUUGAUCUAGAUGAUGAUGAUGGUGAGGAUCCUGGUAAUACUAAUGAAGAAGGCAAGCUUGAUGAUGAUGCUGAUAUUGGGGAUGACUUCAGGGCUCUGGACAAGAAUAAAUCUGGGGGGAGUAAUAACAAAAUGGAGACUGAUCCUUCCAUUCCUAGUGGAAAUUCUGGUCCUAGGGCUGCUCAUAUGAGCCUGGAGACAAGUGUCCAAGCUAAGGUGUAUGGAAAGGAGGCACACAUCCCUAAUGAAAGUGUCUUGGUGGUGAGAAGAGCUGAGGAUAAUAUUGGGAAGAAUCCGAUUCAGCAGUUUGAUGAUGAGAGUGAUGAUGAUGUGGAAGAUAUCAAUGUUGGGAAGGAGGUCAUGGUGAGUAGCAAGCCUUAACUUCCUGUGCCUCCAAUGGCUUGGAAGGAGAAGAAGUAGUGGGGUCCUGUUCAAGCAACCAGGAUGAGUUCAAGAAUCCCUAGAGAUGGCAAGAGUGUGAUUGAAAAAGCUCAAGACCUCAAGAAGGAGAAAAAUUUGGAGAUUCCCAAAGCAAACCAGAGGAGGAGAAAGAAACAGAUUUGUAAACUGCAGGGUGAAGAUGGGAUGGUUGAGGAUAAUAAAGGUAUGUUAGAUAUUGUUGUUUCUUAUUAUAAGACCCUAUUCUGUAAAGAAACUUGCCUGGAUGUUGAUUUAUUAGAUGACUUUUGGGAUCCUGAGGAUAUGGUGUCCCAAGAACAUAAUGCUAUGCUUAAUGCUGAUUUCUCUGAGAAAGAGGUUAAGGAUGCCAUCUUUGGCUCUUAUGCUGAAGGUGCUCCUGGACCUGAUGGUUUCUCUUUUCUUUUUUAUCAACACUUCUGGGAGCUCAUUAGAGCUGAUUUCAUGGCAAUGGUUAAGGAUUGGAAUGAGGGAAAGUUGGAUCUGUAUAGAUUAAAUUUUUCCCUAUUAACUUUAAUUCCGAAGGAGGCUGAUGCUGUAACUAUACAGAAAUUCAGACCUAUUGCCUUGACUAAUUGCAGUUUUAAGAUUUUCUCCAAGUGUGCUACGAAUAGGCUAGGUUUGGUUAGUGAGGAUCUUAUUUCUCCUAACCAAACAACUUUUAUCAAAGGUAGAUAUAUUUUGGAAAGUGUGGUUUCUGCACAUGAGGUCAUUCAUGAUGUAGUGCAUAAAGGGCUCUCUUGCCUAAUUUUCAAAUUAGACUAUGAGAAAGCCUAUGAUAGGGUUGAUAGAGAUUUCCUUUUAAGGGUUAUGAGAAUGAGGGGCUUUAGCCCU